AGACAGUGAAGAUGUGGAAGUUUCUGCUCCUUCUCGCGGCUGUAGGUACCCUGCCGACCGCGUCAGUCGGUCACCCUUGCAACAGUACUCUCCUUCCUGUACCCAGAGAUGGCGCAAAAAUCUGCUUUAUGAGUCCACAAGGAACAACGCAAGUUUGGUACUGCAAGAUGCACUGUAAUGCGCCACUCGAGUACAGUAACCACCAUGAGGACAUGUAUGAAUGCGGUGCGCACACGGCAUGGCUAUGGAUGGUCCGUGUGAUGCGUCCAAACGGUAUGCCAGUAUUCAUCAGUGGCAGUGUGGGAGACUGCUCAUCAGGGUUUUUACUACUACCGGUUGUUACUGUUGGAGGACUGGUCAUAACAGCAGGACAGCCACUAGACACGCAGGCUAUCAUUGAUGAGAUGAAGGAUCAGCUAGAGCAAAUAGGACUGUGUAAUUAUAACAGCCCAUGUCUGAUCUGUCAGAUAACAGUCGAAAUGGAGAACGCAUUCAGUCAGAGCCUGCCAGAUGCACAGCAGCAUGGAUGCCUGGAAGGUGAAAAUGUCGCCCUGGACAAGCCAGCGUUCCAGACCAGCACCGCUCUGAACCUCGGGGCUGCCAGCAACGCUGUAGACGGGAACACCGAUACCGACUACUUCGCUGGUUCCUGUGCCUCUACUUUAGAAGACAGUAACCCAGCCUGGUGGGUGGAUCUUGGAGAAACACAUAUCAUUGACAGAGUGGACAUCUUCAACCGCCAGGACUGUUGUGGGGACAAAAUCAGCCCCUUCAACAUCCACAUCGGGGACUCUCCGCGGGUCAGCGAGAACCAUAAGUGUGGAGGGGAUCACAACAUGGACCCACACCAGCCGGCCACUUCUGUCUCGUGCUACGGUAUGAAGGGACGGUACGUGGGCAUCCGCCUCCCCGGGUCAUUCCGAACUCUGACCCUGUGUGAAGUCCAGAUAUCUGGCGAACCCGAUGACUGCGCGUCAUCCCCAUGUGUCCAUGGGACCUGCUUUGAUGCUAUCGACGGGUACAGCUGUUUUUGUGAACCCGGCUGGGGAGGAACCAACUGUGAUACAAAUACCGAUGACUGCAGGUCCUCCCCAUGUGGUGAACACGGAACCUGUAACGAUGUUGUUGGGGGCUACACCUGUACCUGUGAUGCCGGUUGGGAGGGGAUCAACUGUGAUCAAGACAUCAAUGAGUGCGAGUCCUCCCCGUGUGUCCACGGAUACUGUAGUGAUGGAGUGAACAGCUACACCUGCAUCUGUGAGCAGAACUGGUCAGGGACCAACUGUGAUCAAGGUCGGUACUUACCAUGA